ACCCCGGGAAAGGCCCCGGGAUGGGGAAAGACCCCGGGAUUGGGAACCCCGGAACCGGGGGGGAUCCCGGCAGGGGUCUCGGCUCGCCCCCUCCGCACCGCGGGACCGCGCAGCUCCGACUUCUUCCGCGAGCUGGGGCAGACCCUGGAGCGCAUGGCACAGACCCUGAGGGAUCAGCUGCCGUCCUCGGGGAGCGGAGGGCAGGGCUGGAUUCCCCCAGGGACCCACCCCGACCACCGGCCCCCCGACGAGGCCGAUGUGGUGGUGGUGGGGGGCGGCGUGGUGGGCUGGUCCGUGGCGUACUGGCUGAAGGUGCUGGAGGGCCGGCGGCGGCACGGGAUGAAGGUGCUCGUGGUGGAGCGGGACCCCAUGUAUUCCAGAGCCUCCACGGUGCUGUCGGCGGGGGGGAUCCGGCAGCAGUUUUCCCUCCGGGAAAAUAUCCAAAUGUCCCGUUUCUCUGCCAGCUUCCUCCGCGACAUCAAUGAGCACCUUGGGGUGCCGAAUGAGCCCCCCAUCGACAUCCAGUUCCAGCCCUCUGGAUACCUGUUCCUCGCAUCUCCCCAGAACGCUGCUGCCCUGGAGGCCACUGUCCAGCUCCAGAGGGAUGAAGGAGCGCAGGUGACCUUGAUGUCUCCCACUCAGCUGAAGACGAAAUUCCCCUGGAUAAACACGGAGGAUGUGGCUGUGGCAUCUUAUGGUCUGGAGGAUGAAGGCUGGUUUGACCCCUGGACCCUCCUCAAUGCUUUCCGGCGCAAAGCCACAUCCCUGGGAGUCCAGAGCUGCUCCGGGGAGGUGCGAGCUUUCGUCACCUCGACCAACUACCUGAUGUCACCGGCACCGUUGUCUGCGCGCAUCAAAUACGUCCACGUCCACAUGCCAGACAGCCUGGAGUACCAGCCGGUGGCCUGUGCCAUCGUGGUCAAUGCUGCGGGUGCCUGGGCUGGGAAGCUGCUGGAGGCGGAUGGGCUGCCCAGGGUGCUGUGCCAGCCCGCGCUGCCCAUCCAGCCCAGGAAGAGGUAUGUCUUCACCUGGCACUGCCCCGAUGGUCCUGGCCUCUCCUGCCCCUUCCUCAUCGACACCUCCGGUGCUUAUUUCCGUCGGGACGGCUUCGCCGGGAAUUACCUGGGCGGGAUGAGCCCCUCCGAGGAGGAAGAGCCGGAUCCCAGCGAUCUCUCGGUGGAUCACAAUUAUUUCCAGGAGCAGAUCUGGCCCCGGCUGGCUCGGCGAGUCCCAGCUUUCGAAUCCCUGCGGGUCCAGGGGUCUUGGGCGGGAUAUUAUGACUACAACACCUUUGACCAGAACGGGGUGCUGGGCCCGCACCCCCGCCUGGAAAAUCUGUUUUUAGCUGCGGGUUUUAGCGGCCACGGGCUCCAACACGCGCCGGCCGCUGGCAGGGCCGUGGCCGAGCUGGUGAUCAAGGGCCAGUAUGAGACCCUGGAUCUGCAGAGGCUGGGGUGGGACAGGCUGGUGAAUGGGAAGCCGCUGGAGGAGCACAGCGUGAUUUGAUGGGUGCGGGGAGGGGGGAAACUGAGGCACCACCGUGGACCCCCUCCCCAGGCCAGGGGUUGUGUCCUGUAGCAAUAAAAGGGAUGGAUGGAUGAUGAGCAUGCCAAGAAAUUAAUGGGAUCUCUACCUGCCAUGC